AUGCGCGGAAGAUUGAUUUUGAUUGAGGGGCUUGAUCGCUCUGGAAAGUCGACGCAGGCGGAGAUUUUAGCCAACCGUCUCAACGGCCAGCUAUUCAAGUUCCCAGAUAGAUCUACUCCAAUUGGAGAAAUCAUCAACAAAUUUCUUACAGACCCCACAUUCGAGUUAUCGGAUGAAAGUGUUCACCUACUAUUCAGUGCCAAUAGAUGGGAAAAGGCAGCUCAAUUGAAUAAACUUCUUUCUGAAGGAACACAUGUGAUAAUGGAUCGCUAUGUGUACUCAGGUAUCGCAUACUCUCUUGCAAAAGACAAAUCCAGAGAUGUGGAAUGGCUUUAUGGCCCGGAUGUCGGCUUGCCAAAGCCAGACUUGACCUUUUUCUUGACUGUCAGUAUGGAAGAGUUGGGUACACGCAAGGGCUGGGGUGAGGAACGAUACGAAAAGGAGCAAUUUCAGUUGAAAGUGAAGGAGUGUUUCCUUAAAGUCUUGCGGGUAGAUACCGAUCCCACUAUCGAGAUUGUAGAUGUCAAUGGCUUGAGUAUCGACGAGACCACCCUGAAAUUAUGGUCUAUAAUAGAAGCAAGAGGUCUCGAGGGGGUAACGGAUGAUUCUCUCAAGACACUUGCAUAG